GCAGCGGCCCUUCACUAAGUCGCUCUCACUGCACCCAACGGGACAGAGACCCUCUACAGACGAAGUCUUGAACUCAACCUGACAACAUGGUGAAAUUCGGAGUCAAUGGAUUUGGCCGUAUCGGUCGCCUGGUGACCCGCGUCGCCGUCCUCAGUGGCAAGGCUGAGAUCGUGGCCAUCAACGACCCAUUCGUCGAUGUCGAAUACAUGGCUUACAUGUUCAAGUAUGACUCCACCCAUGGCCGUUUCCACGGUGAAGUCAAGGUUGAGGGUGGCAAGCUCGUUAUCAACGGCAAAGCCAUCUCCGUCUUCGCUGAGAGGGACCCAGCCAACAUUAAGUGGGGCGAUGCUGGUGCCCACUACGUCGUGGAGUCCACCGGUGUUUUCACCACUAUUGAGAAGGCAUCUUUGCACUUGAAGGGCGGUGCCAAGAGGGUUGUCAUCUCUGCUCCCAGUGCCGAUGCCCCCAUGUUCGUCAUGGGCGUCAACCACGAGAAGUUCAACAAGGACAUGAAAGUUGUCAGCAAUGCUUCCUGCACCACCAACUGCCUGGCACCCGUUGCCAAGAUUCUCCAUGACAACUAUGGCAUCAUUGAGGGUCUCAUGAGCACAGUGCACGCUGUCACCGCCACCCAGAAGACCGUGGACUCUCCCUCUGGCAAGCUGUGGAGGGACGGCCGUGGUGCCAGCCAGAACAUCAUUCCCGCCUCCACUGGCGCUGCCAAGGCUGUGGGCAAGGUCAUCCCCGAGCUGAACGGAAAGCUCACCGGCAUGGCCUUCCGUGUCCCCACUCCCAAUGUCUCUGUUGUGGAUCUGACAGUCCGUCUUGAGAAGCCCGCCAAGUACGAUGACAUCAAGGCCAAGAUGAAGGCAGCUGCUCACGGCCCAAUGAAGGGAAUCCUUGGAUACACAGAGGACCAGGUGGUGUCCAGCGACUUCAACAGCGACUACCACUCCUCAUACUUUGAUGCUGGCGCUGGUAUUGCCAUCUCUGACCACUUUGUCAAGGUGGUGUCCUGGUACGACAAUGAGUACGGCUACAGCAACCGUGUUGUGGAUCUGAUGGUUCACAUCCACGCCCACGAGUAAACUGCACCAGCGCCAUGACGAUAACAAAAGAUGAUGAUGACGAUGAAGCUGUUUUCCUGUUGAGAAAGUCUACCGCCUGCUCGUGUGACGCUCUUACUGUGCUACAGUUUGACCUCACAUGAUGAUUCUGUCCUUAUCCCGCCUUCUCCGGUUGGCGAGGCGUUCCAUCACAUGCAAUCACAUGUUUUUUUUAAUAAAACGUUGAAUACUCAAAAUAA